GACGCUCGUUGACCAAUGGCGCAGGGGAUUCUCGCGUUGUCGGAAGUGUUCGGCACAGUUCGGCAACGCUGUGGAGGCGGAGCGAGACGCGUGUGGAUGUAGUGGAUGAUGCUUUUCUCCACCGGAGAUCUGUGUUAGACACCUGCACUGGUGCAGCACUAAAUGUGUGUCAACAUGAACUUGAAAAUUUGUCUGGAGUGACAGAAAUUUUUCAGUAUCCAAUCAUUUCUCAGUAGCCAACUACCUCCAGCAUGGACUUCCUGCAGAUGAAGCACCUGAAGAGGAAGAGGAAGAGUAACUACAGCGUGAAGGAAACUCAGACUCUCAUCCGCGAGAUCCACAAGCGACGUGAGAUUUUGUUCUCCCGGCAGCAGAACAUGGCCAUCAACGAGCUGAAGCGGCGAGCGUGGGAAGAGGUUGCGGACAGUGUCAACGCGCUGGGCGAGGGUGAGCUGCGAACGGCGGCUGAGGUCAAGCGACGCUACCUGGACUGGCGUGCACUCAUGAAACGGAAGCAGCUUCAGGCCGAGUUGGCGUCGGGAUUGAAGCAGGAGUUUGAAUCUUCUUCUCCAGAUAAUGAAGCAUCUCUGGGUGGUGGUGACCAGUCGCUGGACCUCAGUGGGUUUUCUAAAGACUCUUCGUGUGACUGGCAGGACCUGACGGACCUCGGGGAGCCCAGCACGCACACGCCUGGGGUCAAAAUGGAGGAUGAUGAGGCCAGCAGCUACAGAUUGGAAGCGGAGGUUGGAGAAGGUGGGGAGGGUGAGGAGGACGAUGAUGACUGUUUUCCCUCCAUCCUCCCUGAAAUGGACCGUGAGGGGCGAGUUCCUGAGGUCUUCGCUCACAUCGAUGAAUUCGGCGUGCUGAGCUCCACGAAGCCCACAGCUGCAGGCCGAGACCUUGGGCUCGGAGUUGGUGGCAUGACCGGGAUGGGCGUAGCUGGAUUGGGAUUAGCCGGAGGGGAGAACACAAGUCUGCUGGUGGCGCUGGAGAGGCAGAGACUGGACCUGGAGAAACACCGCUUGCAGGUGGAGUCGGAACGACUACAGGUGGAGAAAGAGCGCCUCCUGGUGGAGAAAGAGAGGUUGCGGCAAGGGGAGGUGGAGAGAGAGAGGUUGCAGCUGGAGAAGGAACGUCUGCAGGUGGAGCGAGAACGAUUGCGACUGGUCUUGCAACAAAACACGCCACUCCAGCAGAGCCCCGCCCCCUCGACCUCUGUAGCCACACCCACAACAUCAUCCUCUGCACCCUCGUCAUCCUCAUUGGAUGGAGAGAAGGACAGGAAGCUGGCUUGGCCAAUGGCAGUGGAUUUGGAGGCAGAGAAGCUGAAGUUAGAGAAAGAGCGCCUCCUGCUGGAGAAGGAGAGACUGCAGUUCUUCAAGUUCGAGUCGGGCAGACUGCAGAUUGAGAAAGAGCGCCUGCAAGUGGAGAAAGAGAGACUGCAGCUUCAUAAAGAUGGACAACAGAUGGCGCUGCACUCGUGAAACACCAUAGAUACAGUUGGGUAGGGGAAAAAAUCAUUGUUUCCAUAGUUACCUAUUCAUUCCUGUGGGGAAAAGCUAAAACAUUUGUUGUUUUUGAACUUUGCCAGACAUUUGAAAAAAUAAGCAGAAAGAAGUCAAGCAAUGAAUGCAAGCAGUUCAUAAACAAGAUGGUAAAGAGGACUCACUUCUGAACAUGUGCAGCAGUCGAUUUUACAUAUUUAAAUAAGUAAAUAUGAAAAGUGAAGUACCUCAUUUCACAAUAAAAUAGAAAAAAUUCUACUGUAUAUUUAUCUAAUUUUUCCCUACAGAAAUGAUUGGGUAUCUACGGUAAACAGGAUUUAAAGUAUAUAAUGUGUUUCUGACUGUAUAGAUCAGGUCAGCCCACAAAAUUGCCUUCUGCUCAUGCAAAACAACUCGUGAGACUGUUUUAUGCUUGAGUAUUGUGUAUUGAUAUCUUGUAAAAAUUUAUUCAGAAGUAUCUGAAUGCACUUUUCACAUAUUGAAAAAAAUACAGAUACUCCUGAUUAACUUUUUACCAGAUGUUAUGUACUUUGUUACCAUACUGUGUUUAAUGUACAGAGUAAAACAGAGAGCUUAAAAAAGAGUUGGAUUGUAUAAGGGCUCUUAUGUGUUCACACUACAGGAUGGAUUUAUGUGGAGUCAUUGUAAAUGUGAAUGUAUGGUAAUGUCCAAAUUGUUUCUAUAAAUGAUUUAUAUGUUCGUAUGCACAGAGACAUGUGAGGCCACGCUUUUAUUUUGAAACAAUCAGGUUUUUCUCUGGUCUUGAUGUCAAAGCGGUUUCACUUCAGAUCGUGCAUAACGCAGAUAUGUGUUCGCAAAACUAUCGGUGCUCAGACUGAGUUUCGCUUAUUUACACUCACAAACAUGAAUGUGAAGUCAAAGAAAAAUCUUAUAAGGGUGCGUUCACACUUGUCAUGUUUGGUUCGAUUAAAACGAACCCUGGUGCGAUUGCUCUGUUAGUGCGGUUCAUUUGAACGUGUGUGAACGCUGCCAUCCGAACCCUGGUGCGCACCAAACAAGCGGACCGAGAAAAUGGGUCUCGGUCUGCUUCCAAACGAACUCUGGUGCGGUUCGAAUGAUAUAUGAACGCAACAUGGACCAAAGACAUGUAAUCGAACCAAAAUCAGGAAGAUGAUACCCUAAAAACGACAGAAUCCUCACGCAUAUCGGUUUUUCGUCAUAGUCGCCAGUUUGCCCAUGACAGACAUCAGACGCGCGUCUCCCACGCAGCAGAUAAUUUGUAGACUCGCCACUGCUUUGACUCCUUUAUACAUUUUAUAAGCUCUUCACGGGUUCCCAGCUAGCCAAAAUACCAUCAAAUGCAGGAUACACACACACAACAAGUACAUUUACCUCAGCACACAGCAUUGUUUUGGAUGUUCGGUAAGCUCCGUCUCAGAAUUGGCAGAAUUCAUAAAAUCCAACCAAUCAGGUUGUGAACGUAUCCCUAUGCCUUUAGGUUCGGUAAUAAAAUUGCCAAUUGCCAACGCUAAUCGGACCAGGACUAAAUUUUUUUUUUUCUUCUUUGGUCCGAACCAAACAAACCGAACUACAAGUGUGAAUGCACCCCUUAUAAGUCAAGAGAAAAAAAUAAGAUUUUUUUUUCAUCAAGAAAAUGAAGAAUAUUUUAAGGCCCGUUCACACCAAGGACGAUAACGAUAAAAAUCUUUCUAAAUAUAAAAGAAAAUAGCAGAAUCCACACCACAACUAUAACGAUAAUGGCACAGAGAAACAAUCACUAUCGUUGGAAUCACUUUCAGAACGAUAAAAACAUUGACAGCCAAUCAGAAUUCAUCCUGCUUUAACGUGCUCGAGCAUUUAAAGCGGCAGACGACAAAACUGCAGCGCGCGCUUUUAAAAUAAACAGAACGAUAUCGUCCGCUGGUGUAACAUUAAUAUAGUUAUCUUUAUAGUUAUUGUUCUUGGUGUGAACUGGCUUUUAGGCCCAUAUCUGUUCUUAUUUUUUCUUUUGAUUGGGAGGUAAAACAUGUUCUUCACAGGUUUCGAGAGAUUCCCUCAUAAAGGCGUGUUACGUGAAUGUAGUCAGUGUUUAUGAGUUUGUGUGUUUGUUUGUUCUCUUACGGUAGUUGUUUUCAGGCCUCGAUGAUUCCUGAAGUUCAGCUGUUGCGGUUGCCUGUUUCUGUGGUCGUGUAAUUCCUGUCGGAUGUUACAUUUACGUUUCUGCGUCAUAUCCAAUCGACUUGCAUUGCAUUGAAGGUAUAUGUUUUUCUUAUUUGUUUCGUGAUCGUUUUUUUUUUUUCAUCCGAGAGUGUCUUAGGCCUGUUUCACACAUCUCACAUAAGCAGCACGUUUAUUUUGGCAAGUAGAGUUUCAGCUCUCCGCCAUUUUGUUUUUAAUUUUACACUGAACUUCAGCAGAAAAUAUAGUGAAAAUGAUCUGUGAACCUAUUUAUUAGCAUGACUAGUUUACUUUCUAAAAAGUGAUUGUCCUUCAUUGCAUGUUUUUUUCCCAAAAAAAAAAAAAAAAAAGGAAAUUGAUGCUUCAAAACAUGCAGAUAAUGAAUAAAAUGCAUAAUGAAGCAACAUGUAGAGUUCACUUUUUUUUUGGAAAAAAAUAUGUCCAUAUGCAGUGAAAUACAAAAAACACUUUCUAUACAGUAAAUUGGACUGAAUCCACAUGAUUUAAAGAAAUAGUUCAUGCAAAAAUGAUCAUUCUGUCAUCAUACUCACCUCCAAACCUUCAUGACUUUCUUCUGCAGAUCACAAAAGAAGAUAUUUCAUGCGAGUAAAUGAUAAAUUUUCAUUUUGGGCGAACUGUCUCUUUAAGCAGUAUGUAUCUCCACAUCAGAUUCUGUGUAAAUUACCAUUUGGCUGUAAAUGUUUUGUCUUCAUGUGAAUUUAAUUACUAUUACACUUGUAAUAGUUCUUAAUAACUCACUCCUGAUUUAAUAAUGUAUGGCCAUUAUUAACGGAAACGCUCCUUGUAGUAACCCAGAUAUCACUUUAUUUGUGUGUAUAGUUGCUCUCAGCAGACGCAGGUGUGUGAAACAGGCCGCACGGUUCAGUUCAGCUUCUCUCUGCAUUUCUAAUGAAGUGGAAAAGCAAAGCUGUUUGGUGCCAUGUUUUAUUGUUGUCUUUGAAGCCGAUUUCCUCUGUUGGAUCUCUGGUGAACAUGUUUUCAUGCUCAGACGAAGGUCGUGUAAUUUAAAGACAAAAGGUUUUAUGGAUGUUUAGUUUUUGUGAGCUGGUGCUGUUAGUGUUGAUGGACUCAGAAAGGUGUGUUUUAUUGUACUGUACGUGCAAUACGUAAAUGGUGUGUGUGUGUGUGUGUGUGUGUGUGUUUUAAAUGUAUGUUCCAGAUGUGGCAAAGCACAAAAAAUAAAUAGAAUUUAAAGAAUUUAAAUGCUCUGA